CAGCAAGAGGAGGGUUGCAGACUGGUAGAUGUCGGAACCCUAAGAGCAGACACUACAUUUUGCAAAGUUAUUGACCCCUGAGCUCACUUGGAGUCCAAGGGAAGCCAUGCAGGAUGAAGAGGGAUAUGUCAUCUUAAAUGUUAAAAGUCAAAAACCAGCUCUCACUUCAGUCGACCCGGCCGCCUCCUCUUCCUGGCGUGUGAUGGCUUUGAGUCUGCUGCUUUUCUGCCUGGGGAUGGUUGUUGGGCUGGUGGCUCUGGGAAUUAUGUCUGUCACGCAGCAAAACUACUUACAAGCCGAGAACGAAAAUCUCUCAGGAACUCUGCAACAACUAGCAAAGAAGUUCUGCCAAGAUUUAAUAAAACAAUCAGGACAAAAGCAGAGCCAUAAAUGCAGCCCAUGUGACACAAACUGGAGGUAUUACGGAGACAGUUGCUAUGGUUUCUUCAGGCACAACUUGACAUGGGCAGAGAGUAAGAACUACUGCGCUGACACGAACGCCACUCUCCUGAAGAUCGCCAGUCAGGACGUCCUGCAAUACAUCACUAGCAGGACUGUAUUGAUUCGUUGGGUUGGAUUGUCCCGCCAGAACUCCAGGGACGUCUGGAUGUGGGAAGAUGGCUCAGUUCCCUCCAAAAAUAUGUUUAAGCUUUCUGGAAGCGAAACGGGAAAUAUGACUUGUGCUUAUUUUCAUAAUGGGAAAAUUCACCCCACCUUCUGUGAGAACAAGCAUUAUUUUAUGUGUGAGAGGAAGGCAGGUAGGGCCAAGCUGGACCAACUACUCUAAUGCAAAGUGAUGGGCAAGAUGUCACAGGCAAGGGCUUGAUUGGACAAUAAAAGAUCUGGAAGAAGGAAUCACUAGCCACAAAAUUGCUUAUUUUUUCCCUUUAUUCCCCUUGGAGUCAUCUUUGCAUUAUCUUUCCGACCAGCACCUCUUACCCCCU